AUGCAGCAAAUUGAUCUCCUAAAGGAAUUUGAUGUCACAUUUAUGCAACCAGUUUCAUCUCCUCUUGAUCCUAUAGUAGAGCUAAGUUUAAAUGAUGGAGAUGCUAUUCCAAAUCCCAUGGUAUAUAGAAAUAUCCUUGGUAAAUUGAAUUAUCUUACUCACACAAGGCCGGAUCUUGCCUUUACUGUCCAACAUCUUAGACAUUUCAUGAAAGAUCCUCGUGUACCUCAUCUCACUUCCACAUUACAUGUUCUUCGUUACUUGUCCAAGGAACCAGGUUUGGGCCUUUUUCUCAAUGCCUCUUCUUCUUUUGAGUUUCUUUCCUUUUGUAAUUCAGUUUGGGGAACAUGUCCGAACUUAAGAAAAUCCAUUAGUGGAUUUUAUAUAUCACUUGGGGGCUCUCCAAUCUCUUGGAAGUCAAAGAAGCAAACAUUUAUUUCUCUUAGCUUCGACGAGGCUGAGUAUCAUUCUAUUAGGCGUAUGGUUUCCAAACUCACAUGGUUGGCUCGUCUCUUCCAAUAUCUCUCAAUUCCAAUAUCAUUGUCUAUUUCUCUUCAUUCAGAAAGUCAGGCAGAUACAUAUUGA